UCAGCUGGCUGGAUCAUCGCGACCGACGGCAAUCCGACGGACGUAAUGAAGAAAGUAGUUUUAUUAUAAUUAUCGAUUGUUCUGAAUCUAUAGAAAUGGCUGAAGAUAUUGAAAGGCUAGCAAUGGAAGAGCUUCUACGAGAAACUAAACGUGCGAAAGAGAGAGCUGAUGUAAUGGGUGCUAUGGGAUGGAAAAAGGGCAUUGCAUCUGCUAACAAGACUUUCUUAGCGAACACCUUAGUGAGUACCCUACGAGAUUACCGACACUUGGACAGAGACAGGAAGCGCUCUUUGAGAAAGCCAUCCCCAGAAGACAGAAAGAAUGGUCAGCAACAAAUGACAGAAUCGGGAAAAAAUGAAUCACGUCGGGGUCUUUCACCAGAUGCUGACAAGAUCUCUGAGACAAGUGAAUUUGAUAGUAGAAGUCGUAGAAACAAGAGAUUGGAAUCGCCAGACAGGAAACAUAAGAAGUGGAAUUCUGCGUCCAUCGAUAGAAGAAGUCGAAUAAAAGGGGCAUCGUCGGAGCGCGAGAGAAAAGAUUCGUUUAGUAAAUCAUCUUUAGAAAAUGAGAAAUAUGAUGUUAAAAGGACUGAUGCCCAGAAAUUAGACAAAAGAGAAAACAAGCGAAGAGAAUCCUCAGAAACGCAUGUGAAAAGUGACAGGAAGACUACAGUUGAUGUAGACUUCAGAAAAUCGAAAAAAAAGGAUACGUCUUUUGAUAGUAAUAUAUAUAUUAGUGACCUUGCUAGCAUACCCUUGCCAGUAGAAAAUGAUACUAAGAAGGUAGUUCCAACAAAGGCAGAGAGACCAGAUGAUUUAACAGUACCAGUAACAAAAAAUGAAAUUACAAGCAAGCGGACUAAAAAAGAAGAGCAUACAAAGGAUGUUGAAAAGGAAAUAUUGAAAUCCGAAAAGGAAACUGAGGAUUAUAUUGGAAGAAGUGAUUCCAAAAUACCUCACAUCGAUGAUGAAAAAAAUGCCCAAACAAGGGCAAAAUAUCAUGGAGACGUUAAUAAGAAAGAAGGAAAGGUAGCUGAAGUUAAAGGAUCUAAAAGUAUUGUACACAAGUCCAAGCGAAUAAAAACUGAUAAAGAAAAGGAUAGGCAAAAACGAAAACGAAGAAAAGAUAGAGGCAGACAUCACCACAAGCAUAAAAAACGCAAGAAGGACCACAAUUAGUUUUUAAUUAAAGCUCUGUCCACACUAUCAAUUUUCUUUGACAAAAAACUGUUGUAUGCCCAUAUAUCGUCGCUCACAUCAUGAACUAACACAAUCAAAGUAGAUUGU